GUUAAGUUUAUUCACCUUCCCAAAUCAUCAUGGAAACUCCACACUCCAACACCAACCACAUUAAUCACAUAGAAAAACAAAAAUGGUGUGGGCAUGAAUUCCUAUACGAGUUCCAUGGCUUCUGGUUCACAAAAACAUACCUCGAAACAACAAAAGAAGUGGUAGAAACAUUCAAACCACUCCCCACAGAUGUCAUCCUAGCCUCUUUCCCCAAAACCGGAACCACAUGGCUCAAGGCCCUUCUCUACUCCAUCACCCACCGCGACGACGCCGUUCCACCCUCCACCCAUCCUCAAGAGCUAGUCCCAUCCCUCGAGACCAACCUCUACAUCCGUAAACGAACACAAUGUGAUACAAAAAUGCAGGAAUAUCUCGAUGAAAAGGAAGGGAGAAUCUUGGCCACACACGCACCGUAUCAGAUUCUCCGAGAUUCCCUAGAUUCAUGCGACUGCAAGGUUGUGUACGUUACUCGAAACCCUAAAGAUACCCUAAUUUCGAUGUGGCGUUUUGUGCAGAAAUUGGAUGGCGUUGGCGAUGAUCCGUGGCGGCUGGAGGCGGCCGUGGAUCAGUUCUGCGAUGGCAUGGUCCCGUUCGGGCCCUACUACGAUCACGUGUUGGGAUAUAGGGAAGAGAGUGUGAGAAGGCCUCAGAAGGUGUUGUUUGUGAGUUAUGAAGAGCUCAAGGAAGAUACGAGGAGUCAUGUGAGGAGAAUUGGUGAGUUCUUGGGAUGUCCAUUUGGAGGAGAGGAGGAGGUUGAGAAGAUAGUAGAGAGAUGCAGCUUUGAGAUUUUGAGCAAUCAAGAGAUUAACAAAUCGAGUGAGUUGCCUGAUAGUGGAUUCCCCUUGCCGUAUAAUUCUUUCUUUAGGAAGGGCCAAGUUGGAGAUCAUUUGAGCUAUCUUGAAGAUCAAAUGAUUCGGAAAAUAGAUGGUGUUACCAAACUCAAGUUUCACGGAUCUGGCUUUGAUUAUGGGAUUUGAGAUAUCUGACAACUGCUUUCUUCAAUUACUUAUGAAUACACAAUAAAUUGUUUUCAUCUUUGUAUAAAUGAUUAUUCAAUAUAUUUUGUUU